AGUUUGACUCCUCCCAGUUCUCUGUGCCGUUGCGAGGGGUACUUGAUGGUGUUCUCAUCACCCAUCUCAAAGCUACUAGCAGACACUGUAGCGCUGAAACGCUGAUUAACAAUAUGGAGUAGCAUGCACGCGUCUGGGCAUUAUUUUAUUCCAUUCCCUUUGAUGGAUGUGCACGUCCAUUGGAAUAUACGUUCAUCGCACGAUUGAGAUCCAGACUGAUCCAUUCUUUGCUGAGACAACAUGGCUUCUGACAACACACAGCGCAGUUACUCCAUCAUCCCAUGUUUCAUCUUCGUAGAGCUGGUGAUAAUGGCAGGGACCGUCCUGCUGGCCUACUACUUUGAGCUGACCGACACGUUCGGCAUCCACGUCCAGGGGUUCUUCUGCAACGAUGCUGACCUGAUGAAGCCGUACCCCGGGGUGGACGAGAGCAGCUUCAUCCCUCCCCUCAUCCUCUACUGCGUGGUCGCCGCUGUUCCCACCACCAUCAUCUUCAUCGGGGAGGUAUCCAUGUACAUCAUGAAGUCCACACGGGCUGUGCUACUAACCCAGGAGAAGACCAUGGUGACGGGGAAGUGCUGCUACCUGAAUGCCCUUACCAGGAGAGUCAUCAGGUUUAUUGGUGUGUUUGCAUUUGGUCUGUUUGCGACAGACAUCUUUGUAAACGCGGGGCAGGUGGUGACGGGCAACCUGGCUCCGUACUUCCUGUCUGUGUGUAAGCCCAACUACACCGGCACCGAGUGUCGCUUCAACCACCAGUUCAUCUCCAAUGGUAACAUCUGUACCGGCAGCCCGGUCGUCGUGGAGAAGGCUCGACGCUCCUUCCCUUCCAAAGACGCGUCGCUCAGCGUCUACUCUGCUGUCUACGUCACUAUGUACAUCACUAGCACCAUAAAGACUAAGAGUAGUCGCCUGGCCAAACCGAUGCUGUGCCUGGGCACCCUCUGUACAGCAUUCCUCGCCGGGCUCAACCGGGUCUCGGAGUACCGGAACCACUGUUCUGAUGUCAUCGCUGGGUUCAUCCUUGGUAGCUGUAUCGCUCUGUUCCUGGGUAUCUGUGUGGUGAACAACUUUAAAGGAACCCACUCCCCUCCUGCCAAACAGAAGAGUGAAGAUUACCGUGGUCUCCCUCUAAUGACCUUCCCCCGCAUCCAGAGCCCCCUGCAGACACUCAGCGCACAGAACCAUUCGGCAUCGAUGACCGAGGUCACAUGACUAGCGGGGAACGAGGGGGGUCAGCACCGGGUCACCUUUGCGUCUCCUCAACACAUCUUCUAGGCACAAUGUUUUGUACUGUCAUACUACUACUGUAAAAAAGGACAGUAUUCUGGUGUAACUAGUUAGAGGCUGAUGUUUUGUACAUUUUUGUAUAAGGGAGUAUGUGCUGUAGCCUACCUAAUCCUGAAGAUGUUAUUACUGUAGGUCUGAACUAGGGUUGUAAAAUAAUAAGCAGGAAAUCUGUGAAUCCUCCUGGGAUUUCUGGGAAACCUGGGAACUUUGGUCCGAGCUGAACUGUCUGUCAAGACUGACUUACAUAGCCAUUCCUCCUCUCUCUCUCUCAUGUUUUACAUCACAAAGUAAAUCUAAUAUGCAGUAUUUAAUGUUAUGGAAAUAUUGAUGUCAUUCUGUGGGAUUUGUACAAAUACUUCUAUCUAUUCUGUUUGACUAAAGUCUUUAUUUUUUUUAUUGCUAUAAAAUAUUGUCACUUUUAGUUUUUUUUCUGGCUGCCGUUUUUCAGGAAUGUUUUUGGUAUUCAUAAUGUUUGUGGUCUAGGGAAAAAACCGUCUCAUUGACUUGUGACUUGGUGUGGUAUUGUUUUCCUUCAUGGCAGAAUACAGAAGCUGCCAUUAUCUCAGCAUGGAACUAAACAGUUGAACUGUUUGAAUAGAUAUUUCUUAUUUGUGUAUUUCUUACAUACAAUACAUAUUUAUUUAGAAAUGCUGCAUAUAUUUUUCUUGAUUUGUGUACAAAAUAAAUAGUCCAUAGCAGAUUA